CUAUUAUUGAGGCUCGGUAAACGUAAUCGAGUCGACUACCUCAUUGAACGAUCAGUAACGGAGAAUGUUUUUACCCUUGGCUCGAGCAUUGACCGCUUUUCUGGAACACGGCUCAAUCGAGGAGACGUUUCAUUAUCAAAAUCCUGUGGUGGGGUACGUGCGCAAACUAUAUUUAAGAACAAAAUAUAAUGUCAAGGGAUGCGUGAACCUGUGUGAAGUUUUGCUUUCCUGAGUAUAGGAAUAGGGUACUAGGGUCGCGCGAUGCAGGGGUAUAGCGGAUCAACGACGCCGUAUAAAGGUUGGCCGACAGGACGGAAAAUAUUACAACGGGACGUGAUUUGAAGACAUUAUUUAAUGCCAGAGUAUUUGUUUAUCUUAGCCGCGUCUUUCCUUUAUUUUGAGUUGUCUCAUUGUUCGCCCUACCCCAUCUAGGAACAGGGGUUGAUUGAAACCCUCACCUUUUGAACUUCUUCUUGAAAAAGACAAUCAUGUUAAGCUCCGAUUAUCUACCAACUCAGAUAGAACAGAGAGGUCAAUAUAGCAAGUCGUUAGAAGGAAGAACCUUAUCGGUGAAAGAGGAAGACUCACCGACAUAUAUCACACCGUCUGCUGCCCAAUUCGACCUCAUAUAUGACGACCUCCUUAAUGCAUUGAUGACAGGAGACCGUUUAUUAUCACCACCUGCAAAAAGAGACACUUUAGACGUACCUCGUUCCGCCAUUACAAGGAAGUCAAAUAUAUCCAUUCCAGACUCUCUCAAACCUGGUCGUUCGCCAACUAACUCCCAAUGGUCGCCAAAUGCUUUUUCAAAUACGUAUGCACAACCCUCAACCAGAUCGAAACCAUUGCCAAUUCCGGGGCGAAGAUUGUCUCAGCGGAGGAAACAGCAUAUGGAAGAUUACAGAGACUAUCUCAAAGAUGAUUAUAUUUCUGCUGCUAAACGCGAGCACCCGAAGUCAGAUAAACUGAGAUACCUCCAAUUAUUGACAGAAGAGGCCGAAUCUAGGUUGAUGAAGCGAGCAACACAUACUGAAAUGGAAGCUGACGAAAGACACGUCCAAUCACAAGCAACGGCGACAUCUACACCUAUUGUUAGAGUAAUCGAUCAAGACUCCCAGAGGAAGCUGUCGACGUCUACAGUCUCGACGGCUGUCUCUACACUCGCUACUCCUCAGACACCACCAAAUACUGUCAUGCAACUACCUCAACAACACGAGAAGCGUCCUGAUGGAAUGCGCAAAUCAGUUCGUACGAGAAUAGCCAAAGGAUUACGCAUCAACCCAUCAAUCACGCGUUAGCAUUGCAAUUAGUUCAUUUAAUACCGUUAAAAUCAAUCGGAAAUCGCAUAUUAAUUAAUAGACACUCAUUACACUCAUUUAAGUCAUCAAUCAUUACCCCUAAUCAGAUUACUGUACUUAAUAAAU